AUGCAGACGGACCCUCUCUCCCUCCCUUCAUCCCUCUCUCCCUCCCUUCAUCCCUCCCUCGCUCAUUACUGCGAGCGAAGGAAUGCCGGUUGUCCCGGCGACCGUCGCCAGCUGUCUGGACUGAACCGGGAGGAGGAGGAAGAGGAGGAGGAGGAGGAGGAAAGAGAGGGGGAGGGAGGUGUUGGAGAUGAAGAUGCUGCGAAAUACCGGGCCAGCUUGGCAACUUCGAAGAUGAGGGUGUGGAUCGUCUUCCUGUUGUGCCUGGCCGGCCACGCCAUGGCCGCCCCGACCGAGGAGGAGCCCGUUGUGGAGGAGCUGGUCACAGAGGAGCCAGUGGUGGAGGAGCCAGUGGAUGAGGAGCCCGAGGUGGGGGCCAACCCAGUGCAGGUGGAGGUUGGAGAGUUCGACGAGGCCAUCGACCUCGUGGAAGAGGAUGUUGCUGCUGAGAACCCCUGUCUGAACUUUAACUGCAAGAAGGGCAAGGUGUGUGAGGUCGAUGACAGCAACACCCCCCUGUGUGUGUGCCAGGACCCCUCCACCUGCCCCGCCGCCGAGGCCGAGUUCGAGCACGUCUGCGGCACUGACAACAAGACCUACGACUCGUCUUGCCACUUCUUUGCCACCAAGUGUGCUCUGGAGGGAACCAAGAAGGGCCACAAGCUGCACCUGGACUACAUCGGGCCAUGCAAAUACAUCGAGCCCUGCCAGGACAGCGAGCUGAGCGAGUUCCCGCUGCGCAUGAGGGACUGGCUGAAGAACGUGCUGGUCACUCUGUACGAGCGCGACGAGGACAACAACCUGCUGACCGAGAAGCAGAAGCUCAGGGUGAAGAAGAUCUACGAGAACGAGAAGAGGCUGCAGGCCGGCGAGCACUCCCUGGACCUGCUGGCCCACGACUUCCAGAAGAACUACAACAUGUACAUCUUCCCUGUCCACUGGCAGUUCGGCCAGCUGGACCAGCACCCCGACGACGGGUACGCCCCCGCUCACCCGGUCAGCUUUUGGCCUCGUUCCCGGGGCGUUAAAUCCCUGACCGUGCUUGUCUUUCGGUGUGCGUGCGCCCCCAGGUACCUGACCCACUCCGAGCUGGCCCCCCUGCGCGCCCCCCUCAUCCCCAUGGAGCACUGCACCACCCGCUUCUUCGAGGCCUGCGACGCCGACAGCGACAAGUACAUCGCCCUGGAGGAGUGGGCCGCCUGUUUCGGCGUCAAGGAGCGUGAGUUACCCGCCGAGGAUGUGGAUAAAGACCUCAUCGUCUAAACUCCUCUUUCCUGCAACAGCAUGACAGACAACGCUAAUCGCUACUAACCGGACAAGGUGCUGAUUCAGAAGAUAAAAAAAAAAAACUCAGUUAAGGUGCUAAUUGCAAAUUCUUUUUAUUAUUUUCUAAUGAUUUUUCCUGCCUAUACCACUAAAAUAAGAUCCCAAAUAAGAAACAUGCACAGUCUGUAGUAACCAUCACGUGUUCACGCGUUUGAAUUCUUCCUGUUGGUAGAGCAAAAACUCCCAGUAAAGAAAACUAAAGACCUCUGAUGUAAAUUUACGUCGUUUGACAAUAUUGUGUGCUGUAUUUGUUAUGAUGUGUUCAGGGCUUUUUAAUUGGAGACCACAUUAUCUUACGGAGACGAAGCUGUAAAGUCAAAAAUAAAGUUUCUAAAUAAAUGCUCCUUCUGCUUGCUUUCUACAUCUCAGAUUGCUGCGUUUUUUGCCCUCUUCUGGUGGUGGAUUUUGCCUUGCCUUUGUUGUUUUUGUGCUUUUGGUUGAUCUAUAAACCUCCUAGCAGAGUCUGGUAUUUGAGAACGUUAAAGACGAUGUUUUGUUUUGUUUUUUUUAUACGAGGGGGACGUCUCGCAGGCUGAGAGUUUUUCUCACAAUCUUUCAUGUUUCUUCUGACACUGAGAACACCACGAUCUCAUUCCAUGAAUAAAAUACUAUGAAAAGACCUACAAAUCUCUGCAUGCCUCCGUAUCUGCGUCAAUGCUCCUCCAUGAAGAUGCCUACAGCACUGAGUCCGCUUUUUAUUUACUCGAUACCAAAGAAAUCUCUCACGA